UACACGCGCACGCACAAAUAAAGUGACUAUAUAUAUUUAAGUUCGGACCCCUUCAAAUGGACGAGCGUUAGCCGCCUACAUCAACAUUAGUUUCAUUAAUCUACUCGAGAGCUUCCUCAACAUAUAAACACUCCGAUCAUGGCCAAGGCCGAGAAGGAACGUACAAUGGAGGAAACUUCAACGUGGGCAGUUGCGGCGGUGUGCUUCGUGUUGCUUGCCAUUUCAAUCUUCAUUGAAUAUAUUAUUCACGCUAUUGGAAAGUGGCUAAAAGACAAACAAAAGAGACCUCUUUACGAAGCGCUUGAAAAGAUCAAAGCAGAGCUUAUGCUGUUGGGAUUCAUAUCCUUGCUCCUAACAGUUUUACAAGAUCCCAUUUCUGAUAUAUGUAUACCCAAGAGUGUUGGAGCCACUUGGCAUCCCUGUAAAAAUGUGAAGAGUGGGACAACUAAGAAAGAUCCCAAAGAUUCUGAGAAUAGUACACAUGGUCGGAAACUGCUCCAAUUUUUGGAUUCUAACUUCAGUGCCCGUCGAAAAUUGGCAACAAAAGGAGACUACAAAUGCACAAGAAAGGGAAAAGUGGCCUUCAUGUCUGCGUAUGCGAUUCACCAGCUCCAUGUGUUCAUCUUUGUGUUGGCCGUUUCUCAUGUGGUGUUUUGCAUACUCACUCUGGCUUUGGGCAGAAUCAAGAUGAAAGGAUGGAAGGUUUGGGAGAACGAAACAAGGACGCCUGAAUAUCGAUACCAAAACGAUCGCGAGAGGUUUAGGUUUGCAAGGGAAACAUCAUUUGGGAGAAGGCAUUUGGACUACUGGAGCAAGUCAACGUUUUCUCUUUGGGUGGUGUGUUUCUUCAGACAAGUCUUCAGAUCAGUUACCAAGGUUGAUUACAUUACACUGAGAUAUGGAUUUAUCAUGGCACAUUUGGCACCCGACAAUGAAACAACGUUUGAUUUUCAAAAAUACAUCAAGAGAUCACUCGAAGAAGAUUUUAAAUACGUGGUCGGGAUCAGUAAAGUCAUAUGGGGCUUUGCAGUGUUAUCCCUACUGUCCAACGUACAUGGAUGGCGUUCUCAUCUAUGGCUACCAUUUCUCCCAUUGAUUGUACUGCUCUUGGUGGGGACAAAGCUACUACAAGUGAACAUUACAAAAAUGGGGCUAAGAAUUCAAGAGAGAGCAGAUGUGAUUAAGGGUAUGCCUGUGGUACAGCCAGGUGAUGACCUCUUCUGGCUUGGACGCCCUCGAUUCCUUCUCCUUCUCAUUAACUUUGUUCUCUUUCAGAAUGCAUUUCAACUGGCCUUCCUUGCGUGGAGUGUGUUUGAAUUUGGCAAAAAUUCUUGCUUCCAUGAGCGCAGUGAAUAUAUCUUCAUCAGACUCUCAAUGGGAGUCAUCAUACAAGUUCUAUGCAGUUAUGUGACUUUCCCGCUCUAUGCUCUAGUGACUCAGAUGGGGACUUCCAUGAAACCCACCAUUUUCAAUGAUCGAGUGGCGACAGCAUUAAGAAGCUGACAUGGCACGGCGAGAAAGAAAUCUAAGCAUAGCCAUCAUCAUUCAGAGACAAAUUCACCAUUUUCAAGUAUGCCACCCAGUCCCACGCACGGCAGGACGUCCCCAGUUCACCUCUUGCAUAACUAUCAGCGCAGCAGCCUCCGCAGCUUGCACACAUCUCCGAUCAGACAGUCCAAUGUUGAUCAGAAUAUGCAUGAAAUCAACGUUAGUCCAUCGGAUUUCUCUUUUCGCAGAGAUGAUCAAUAAGCCAAUCGACAUUUGUGCCACGUCAGCUGAAAAUGUUAAUUAGAAGAACGGUAAAAGAAUGUUAAAUAUCAUUCCUCUUUUGUCAUCCAAGCUUUGCAUUGCUUUUAAAAAAUUAAGUGGCUGAUGGCCGGCCUAUAAGAACACAAAAUUUAUGGAAGAUUUGAAAAUAAGAAAGAGAGACAGAGAAUUAAGGUGGUU